AUGGAAGAGCCGUCCAUCAAAAUGCUUGAAAAAAGAAUCGAUCUCCUCGAGGAAAGACUGGCAAAGUAUGAGAGCAUGUUUGAGAGCCUUAGUGCUGUGAAUGGUUCAUCUGCAGCGUCUAUGGCUCACUUAACUGUGCUCUCCAUGAUCCCGUUUAGAAACAGCUCUCCAACGGUGGACAACGAAUUCACAAAAAUCUCCAUUUAUGGCAAAAUCGACUCGAAUCAGCACCUAGACAGAUCGGAGCCGCUUCCAUCCUCAAUGGCUGAAUGCGAGCAGCUGAUCUCCAACUACUACCAAAUAGCCUGGAUACAGCAUCCAAUAGUAGAAGACGAAACCGUUUUGUACAAAUUGAGCUCCAAGCAUUAUCAAUCUCCUGAAAACCUGUCCCACUGGGAGCUUUUUGUUCUUUAUAUAUCUAUUGCCAUUGGAACCGCAAUUACAGGCGACAUGAGCGAUAAAUCUCAAAGUUAUUAUCUGAGCUCCAUCGUGCAACUAAAGAUUUUCUUAGCCAAAAUUACCUCCCCAGUACCAGACAACCGUGAUAUCAGCUCCCAAAUGCAAAUUCUACAAUCUCUUCUCUUGAUAUGUUGCUUUGGUCUUUUAAAACCUGUUUCCCCAGGAAUAUGGUAUGUCAUUGCGAAUGCAAUGAGAUUAUGUAUUGACAUGGAUUUGCAUGAGGAGCAUGUGGUGAAAAACAUUGGGAGCAGCUAUUACAGGAGGCUAUUCUGGUGCUGCUAUGCGCUCGAUCGACAAAUAUGCUGUUAUGUCAAUAAACCCUUCAGUUUAAAUGAUACUGACAUUACAACCAAUUUUGACGAAGUGUCCGUGGAUGAUCGCAGGCUUGCCAUUUCGUCACUAUUUUUCAAAAUUCGAAAACUACAGUCAAUGAUUCAACAGUUUAGCAGCAAAAAUGCUGUGUCAAAUAUGAACAAAUCCGCUAUGAACUGGAGACAUGAAAUGCAUGUGGAGUUGAACUCAUGGCUUGCUCAGGCUCUACAAUUUGAAAGGAAAACAGAUUCAGCUGUAAAGCAGGCCUUCAUAUCUUCCAAGAAUUUCCUCAUUCUAACUUACUUCCAGCAAUUACAGAGACUUUACAGGCCAGACAAUAUGUCCCCCGAGUGUCUCACAGUCGAUGAGUUUAUGGCUUUGUUCGAGAGCAGUACUAAGAUUAUAGCCACUUACGAGGUUCUGAGCCAUACCCGAAGCAUCAACUAUCGAUACUUGUCUGUCUACUCCAUUUAUCAAUCAGGGCUGACGGUACUUUAUUGUUUUAUAAAUUGUGCACAACUCCGACUAUUCGCAGACACAGUUGAGAGGCUCGAACAUACCAUGGCGAUAACCAAAGACCUACUUCGAAAACUGGAGAUCCAUUGUCCGCCAGCGCGGAGCGCCAUUCAAACUCUAGAGACAGUACAUCGCGACACGGCUGAGCAAGUUAUCAGGAAAGGAAAUUUAGAAAACAAAUACCUCUUUGAUCGCGGGUCGCAUUAUGGACCGUUUGACCCAAAUUCUAUCUCACUUCUAUCUCAUAAUGGAGCGAUUCCAUUGAUAGAAAACAAAGCAGUCACACAGGAGGUGCCGGACAUCCCUAAAUUUGGCUUGAACGCAACCAGUAAUGACUCCGCCUUACGAAGUAUCCGAACCUUAAAAUUAUUUCAGGAUUCUGCGAAGGACUCAUGGGAAUCGCUAUUUGAGGAGCCAUUUAAUCUGAAAGAGCUGAUGUUUGACUGA